AUGUUCCUCCAAGACCGAGCCUCCGACACCUCAAGCGGGUUCAAGCUGUACCACUACGAUCCGACGAUACCGGGCGCUGUAAUCUUCCUGCUACUAUUCCUUGCGACAACCGCAUUUCACUUCUGGCAAUUAAUUCGACCGCGAUGUUGGUUCAUGCUCCCGCUGGCCAUUGUCGAGGUUGUCGGAUACGCCGCUCGUUGCAAAUCAGGCACUCAAAGCCCCAACUGGACACUCGGUCCCUUUAUCAUGCAGGCGACUCUCCUGCUCGUCGCACCCGCCCUCUUCGCCGCCACGAUUUAUAUGGAACUUGGGAGGAUCAUCGCCAUGGUGGACGGAGAAGGGCACGUCAAGAUUCCCUUACGGUGGUUGACCAAGAUCUUUGUCAUUGGCGACGUCUUUUCCUUUAUGCUCCAAGGAGCGGGAGCUGGUCUACAAGCUGGCGGUUCACUCGAAGCCCUGGACAACGGAUCCAAGAUCGUUGUCGGCGGUCUCUUCGUUCAGCUCAUUUGCUUCGGCGUCUUCAUGGUCAUGGCAGUAUCAUUCGAUCUAUCCAUCCGAAGAGCUCCUACCGUUCGCUCACUAGGAGGGGCACCCUGGAAGAAGCACAUGAUGGCUCUAUAUAUCGGAAGCGUUUUCAUCAUGGUUCGAUCGGUUUUCAGAGCCAUCGAGUACAUACAGGGUUUCGACGGGUAUCUCCUCAGCCACGAGCCCUACAUGUACGUCUUUGACUCUGUCUUGAUGUUCUUGGUCAUGGCGCUGUUUAACUGGAGGCAUCCGGCCGAGAUCAUGAUGGACUCUGUUGCCGUAGCUUAA